AUGUCGUUACAAGAUCUUAUUCCUGUGGUCAAUAAGUUACAAGAUAUUGUGACUACCACGCAGUUAGCAGACUUAGAUUUGCCAAUAUUAGCAGUUGUUGGAUCGCAAUCAUGUGGAAAGUCUUCAGUGUUAGAGAACAUCGUGGGUAAGGAUUUUUUGCCUAGGGGAACUGGUAUUGUCACCAGAAGGCCGUUGGUAUUGCAGUUGAUCAAUAUUAAGCUGGACGACCCGCUUAUUCACGAGAAAGGGAAGAUGAAAGGGUCGAGUGGCGGACGUAACUCGGUGACGGAGGACGGAGAUAUGAACUUGGAGGACCAUUUGAGAAAGCAUUCGAAUGGGGGCAAGCAUCAGCCGGCGUCAGAAUGGGGUGAAUUCUUGCAUCUUCCUAAAAAGAGGUUCUACAACUUCCAUGACAUUAGAGAUGAAAUAGCAAACGAGACCAGCAGGAUUGCUGGUGAGAACAAGGGAAUAAGUAGGUUGCCGAUCAACUUGAAAAUCUAUUCCACCAAGGUGUUGAAUUUGACGUUGGUUGAUUUGCCUGGUUUGACCAAGAUUCCUAUUGGCGACCAGCCAACCGAUAUUGAGAGACAAACCAGAAAUUUGAUCUUAGAGUACAUUUCCAAGCCUAACAGUAUCAUCUUGGCGGUAUCGCCUGCAAAUGUGGACUUGGUUAAUUCUGAGUCGUUGAAGUUGGCGAGACAGGUCGACCCAAAGGGUAAAAGAACGGUGGGGAUCUUGUCAAAGUUAGAUUUGAUGGACCACGGCACUAAUGCAUUAGAUAUUUUGAAAGGUAACGUCUAUCCUUUAAAAUUAGGAUUUGUCGGUAUUGUCAAUAGGUCCCAGCAGGAUAUUACUGAGAAUAAACACUUGGAUGAUUCCUUGUAUGCUGAACAGCAGUUUUUCCAAAACCACCCGGCUUAUAGACAAAUCUCUAAUAAGUGUGGUACGCGUUACUUGACCCAAACAUUAAAUAGAAUAUUGAUGAAUCAUAUUAGAGAUAGAUUGCCAGAUAUUAAAGCUAAAUUAAAUACUUUGAUGGGGCAAACUGAACAGGAAUUGCUGAACUACGGUGAUUUACCAUCCAAUUUGAAUGAUUCCAAAGAAGUCAGGGGUGCUUUUGUGUUAACCUUAAUGACUAAAUUUGCUAACAGUUUUGUUAAUUCGAUUGAAGGUACAUCAAUGGGCGAUAUUGCCACAAAGGAAUUAUGUGGUGGUGCUAGAAUUUACUAUAUCUAUAAUGAAAUAUUCGGGGCACAAUUGGCUUCGAUAAAUCCUACCCAGAACUUGUCUGUACAUGACAUUAGAACUGCUAUUAGAAACUCGACUGGUCCUAGACCAUCAUUAUUUGUUCCAGAAGUGGCAUUUGAUUUGUUGGUGAAACCCCAAAUUAGAUUAUUAGAAUCUCCAGCGCGUAGAUGUGUUGAGUUGGUUUAUGAAGAAUUGAUGAAAAUUGUUCAUAGCGUCUGCUCUUCAGGAUUUGGUGUUGAAUUAAACAGAUAUCCAAAAUUACAAAGUAAAUUAAUUGAAGUGGUAUCAGAUUUGUUAAGAGAAAGAUUAGGGCCAACAGUGAAGUACGUUGAGUCCAUGAUUGAAAUUCACACUGCUUAUAUCAACACCAAUCAUCCAAACUUCGUUGGUGCUGCGAAGGCGAUGAGUAUGGUUGCUGAAGAACGCCAAAAACAAAAAGAAUUAGAGCUGACAUCAAAAUUAAGGUUGGCAAGUGAAAGAAUUUUAAACGGCAAGAACUAUGACAGUAUUGAAGAAUUGGAAGAGAGUACCGACGGAUCUAAUGAAGAAAGAGAAGAGAUUGAUAUUAAUCAAGUGGAUGACGAAAUUAAACCAGCCAAGCACAAAAGAGCUGAAUCCAAUAAGACUUCUAUGUCGUAUAAGUCUGAAUCUGCGCCAAAUUUGUCUACUUCGUCGACACAACCACUUCAAGAUUCUUACUUAAACUACUUCUUUGGUAAGGAUCCAAUCACCCACCAACAACAUUUGCAAACACAAGCGCAAUUACAUCCUACGCCAUUUAAAUUUCCUCAACACCAAGAUAGCACGUUACAAUUCAAUAACAACUUUCUUCAAAAUGGUCAUAUGAAUGGCAUAAACCAAUCAAGUUUCAGUACAAAUUCAAACGCCAGUUCCACGCCUAAGUCGGAUCCAGUAUCCCAGGAUUCUCAAUCUACAAUUGAUUUGAACUCUUUGAAUUUGAACGAGCAACAAUUUGAGAGUGAAGAUUCACUCAGCGAGUUGAACGAAAGAGAACAAUUAGAAUGCGAGUUGAUUAGAAGAUUAAUCAUCUCUUACUUUAGUAUUGUAAGGGAAAUGAUUCAGGAUCAAGUACCAAAGCUGAUUAUGUGUUUAUUGGUUAACCAUAUCAAGCAGAAUAUCCAAAACAGAUUGGUUAUCAAGUUGUAUAACGAGAACUUGUUCGACGAAUUACUCCAAGAAGAUGAGAGUAUUCAAUCCGAAAGAGAGAAGUGUAUUGAUCUUUUGAAUACCUACCGUGAAGCUUCCAAAAUCAUAAGCGAUGUUGUUUAG